CCGGUGGAUGUUGGCGGAGUUUAGAGUUAAUCAACUCCGGUUUAGAGGGUGCAAAACUAAUGUCUGAAGUCGCUUUGGGGAGUGACAUGGGACCCAUCUUCGUUUCGCUUAUGUAUUUCGUGAAGAUGCUGGAAUAAGCAAGACUUUCAGUGAGCACUUAAUGGAAGAUGUCAUCUGGGCUUACGGAAGAACAGAAAAGGAAGAUUGAAGAGAACAGGCAGAAGGCUUUGGCAAGGAGAGCAGAACGACUGGCAGCUCAGCAGGAUGGCAUUGCUAAGAAGCUGCCUGCCCUGAACUCUUUUAAAAGCUGUCAAGGAAGUUUGCAGCAGCCUUUGAAGAAAGAAAACCAUCAUGCCAGGUUUGGUAGUCAUCACCCCCAGGACUCCAGCAACCAUGAUGUGCAGAAGAGCCUUCAAAUGGAGGGUAGUCACUGGAGCCCACCCCAAGCGGCACCCUUGUAUAGAGGGCAACAGAAGAAUUAUUUGGAGGGCUCCAAUCAAGAUUUAGUUAGGCAGCCAAGUAGCGCCAAGUGGUCACCAAUGAUGCAGGAUUCCUUGAGUUACCCUCAUUCAGAUUUGAGUUCUCAAGAGCAAAGUCAACCACUUUCUCAUUCUAAUUUGUUGCAUCAGACUACGUACUGCUCAGCAGUCCAAUGCCUUGCAGAGCAGUGUCAUUCUAGGGUCAGUGCUAGCGGGGACCCUGACAGUAUUAAAGAUCUACAGACCCUGGACACAUCCUCCAGUGGGCAUCCUCCAGUGGGCACAACAGAUGGUUGUGAAAAGUUGGGGAUGGUUAGAAAUCCAGACUCUGAACACUUUGCCAAAAAAGAAGGUAGUAUAUUGCAGUUCUAUGGUACGAAAAAUCCUUUGGUUCCGGUGAAAGGGGCCAGACCAGAGAAUUCAGCAGUAGCUGGGAGUACAGGAAACUUGUUGGCAACAUCUGUACAGAGAAAAGUACACAGCAUCCUCAAAGGGAAAUGUGUGAAGCAUUCUGAAGACCGAUUCCAGGUUAAUAUAGGGUACAAUGCUGAGCUUAUUGAAAUGUUCAGGAGCUUACCGAGCAAAAAAUACGAUCCUACAACAAAGAUGUGGAAUUUCAGUCUAGAAGAUUACAGUCAUCUCAUAGAAGCAGUGGAGCAAAUUCCCUCCAUUACUUUGUCACCCCUGGAAGGAGUGGAGGCAGCCACCAAGACUUCUAUGCCAUCUUCAGUUUGUAAAAGUCCUCACUUGAUAUCGCUCUUGAAAACAUGCGCUGGGUGGAAAAAAUCAUCAGCCGCAGUCAAUGGGAAAUGUGUGCUGAUAUCACAUUCUCGAUUUGAAGUGGAUAUUGGCUACGCUGCCAGCCUCAUCGGAGUCUUCAAGCAGGUGAAUUCUAGAAAUUAUGACAUGAAGACUAGAAAAUGGAGUUUCCUUCUGGAGGAUUACCUCAAUCUAAUGGAACUGGUAAAGAGUCUUCCAGAUGUGGAGGUAGAACCACUGCCUAAGCCAAUUAUACAAACCUUUGCUGCUCAGUUUGAGAAGUCCAUGCCCAAGACUUCAGACAUCCCUGAAGCAGAUCUCUCAGGCGUGGAUCCCAAAGUUGUGGCAAGCCUCAUGCCAUUUCAGAGAGAAGGUGUGAAUUUUGCCAUUUCCCGAGAGGGCCGCUUGCUCCUUGCCGACGACAUGGGCCUAGGGAAGACUAUCCAGGCAAUCUGCAUUGCUGCAUAUUAUCGAAAGGAGUGGCCGCUGCUGGUGAUAGCUCCUUCCUCUGUGAGAUUUACCUGGGCAGAGGCUUUCCGCAGGUGGCUUCCUUCCUUGAGUCCUGAUAGCAUCAGUGUCAUAGCAACAAGCAAGGACUGCCUGUUGGCAAGAUUGAUAAAUGUUGUCAGUUUUGACCUUCUCAGCAAGAUGGAAAAGCAGCUCAGAACCACCUUGCAAGUCGUGAUUGUUGAUGAAUCUCAUUUUCUUAAGAAUGUCAAAACAGCUCGAUGCCAAGCUGCAUUGCCUCUUCUGAAGGCAGCCAAGCGAGUCAUCUUGCUGUCAGGAACUCCUGCUAUGUCCCGCCCUGCAGAGCUGUACACUCAAAUGGCAGCCGUCCGACCAUCCUUCUUCCCACAGUUCCAAGCCUUUGCACUCCGCUACUGUGAUGCUAAGAAGAAGCCAUGGGGAUGGGACUAUUCUGGAUCAUCCAAUCUUGGUGAGCUGAAGCUUCUACUGGAAGAAUCCAUCAUGAUCCGCCGCCUGAAGUCAGAAGUGCUUUCCCAGCUCCCCGCAAAGCAGCGCAAAGUGGUGGGGGUGGCACCAGAAGGCAUUAAUGCAAGGACCAAGGCUGAGCUGGCAGAGGCUGCAAAGCAAAUGACAAGGGGCUACAAGAAUAAACAAGAAGAGAAGGAAGCUCUCAUCCUCUUUUAUAACAGGACUGCAGAAGCCAAAAUCCACUCUAUCAUAGAAUACAUCUUAUAUUUAUUGGAAAGUGGAAGAGAAAAAUUUCUGGUGUUUGCUCAUCACAAGCUAAUUCUAGAUGCAAUUAGCGAGGAGCUGCAAAAAAAGCACAUUGGGUCCAUUCGCAUUGAUGGCUCCACACCCUCAGCUGAUCGUCAGUCUCUGUGCCAAGAGUUCCAGUUCUCGGAGAAGUAUGCAGUGGCCAUCCUUUCCCUAACAGCAGCUAACAUGGGGCUCACCUUCUCCUCUGCUGAUUUGGUCGUGUUUGCAGAGCUGUUCUGGAACCCUGGGGUUUUGAUGCAGGCAGAGGAUCGGGCACACCGAAUUGGGCAAACCAGCUCAGUUGACAUCCAUUACCUGGUAGCAAAAGGUACAGCUGAUGACUAUUUAUGGCCUAUGAUUCAAGAGAAGAUCAAAGUGCUGGGUGAAGCUGGCCUUUCCGAAGCCAAUUUCUCUGAGACAGCUGAAGCCACAGAAUACUUCUACAAGCGUAAUCCAAAGCAGCAGACCAUCUUAAACCUUUUCCAGAGGACCUUCUCUGAAAAUACUGACAGCAUAGAUGAUGAUCUGCUUGUGGAAGCAAUGGAGGCAUCAGAAGACUCUGGGCCACAGCCUUCCUCAGGGAAAACGGGAGAGCUCUUCACAACAAGUCCGUGCAAGCAACGGCACAUUAGUGAUUACUUUUGCAGCCAGUAAUGUGCUUGCGUAGAUUUGGGGCAAUUGUUUUCAGAUAUUUGUAUUCAAAUGGAGAAAAUCAUUGCAUUAUCUAGUGAAGACUUUGUUUGAUAAAAUAAAACCUAGUCGCUAUAUAUAUAUUUUUAAAUGCCUUGCAUGUGUGAUCACGGCACCUGCUUUCUUUUACACAAUCAAGAGAACCUGGUCUAGCCAGUUCUUUCACAAGCAGCCCCAGCCUGUCCAUCUUUACUUGGACGUAUGUCCUGCUGGGCUGAAUGAGAUUUAUUCUGAGGUAAGUAAUUAUGUAUAGAAUGGCAGGCAAACCUGCACUUUAUUUCAUUAUUUAAAAGAUCUGUGCCUGUCUUUCAAUGCAAAGACUUCUGGUAUGGUUAAAAACCAUAAUAAGCUAAAAGUAAUAUAUCAAAAUAAAAUGAUAACUAACCAUUUUUACAUCUGUAUGUAGGAUAUGAAUUGCUAGUGGACAGGGCCCUAAAUGCAUAUUACAUAACAAAUCAAGUAGUCAGUCCUUGAGUAUUUAGAAAAGAGCUGUGAAUGACCCAAGGUCACUCAGCUGUCUUCAAGUGGAGGAGUGGGGAAUGAAAUCCAGUUCUCCAUAUUAGAGUCCUGCCGCUCUUAAUCACUACACCAAACAGGCUCUGGCGCAGUGUGAUGUGGUAGUUAAAAAGGCAAAUGUGAUUUUGGGCUGCAUCAACAGAAGUAUAGUGUCUAGAUCUCAUGAAGUGAUGGUAUAACUUUGCUCUGCUCUGGUUAGGCCUCACUUGGAGUACUGUGUUCAGUUUUGAGCACUGCAGUUUAUGGAUGUUGACAAACUUGAACAUUUCCAAGGGAGGGGUACAAAGAUGGUGAGGGGUCUGGAGAGUCCUGUGAUGAAAGGUUGAAGGAGCUGGGUAUGUUAAGCCUGGAGAGGAGACAACUGAGAAGUGAUAUGAGAGCCAUCUUCAAAUAUCUGAAGGGCUCUCAUAUAGAGGAUGGAACUGCAUUGUUUUCUGUUGCCCCAGAAGGUUGGACCAGAACCAAUGGGGAAUGGGAUGCUCCAACCCCUGUACUCAGGUAAGGAGACUGGGGGUGGGGGGGUGCAGUGGCAAGGAAGCCGCCCAAAGCAAGAGGAGCCACUUCAGCGAGGCUGGCAGAUGGGCUGAGGGGUAAGCUGCCCCCACCCUGGAGAAGGCAAAUCGGUGGGGAAACUGCAACUGUGGUGAAGCUAGGGGACAGGAAUACGAGGCAGGGCAGAAAAAGUCAGCUAUGAUGGUGAGGAGCCCACCACGGCUCCCUGCAGUCAUCUCCCCCCCCCCCCCCGGGUGAUUCUUAUGGGCUUCCCGUUAGUUUAUUCUGAACAGACAUUCCUGGAAAAGGUUAUAUUACUUCUGGAAACUUGUUGAUAUGAUGCAAUUUCAUUUUCAGGGUGGUUGGAUAUAUACCUAUGGUGGUUUUACAGAGUAUGAGAAGAUAGGUGCCUGAUCUGUGGCAUUUACAAUCUAAAACUUGAUGUAGUGAAAACAGCACAAGAUGAUGGUGGUGGUGGGACGAAUACGUGUUUGUUUCAGUUGUACAUACUUGAACUUACAGUGCAAUCCUAAGGAAAGUUACUCCAGUCUAAGCCCAUUGAUUUCAAUGGGUUUAGACUGGUGUAACUCUUCUUAGGAUUGCACUGUUAGUGUAGUAGCCAGUGAGGAUGAAAGGCUUGUGCUGAAGGUUUCAUGGAAAUGGUGGAUAUUGAAAGAAUAUUUAUUUUACAAAAUUUAUACUUUGCGUUUCUGCCCUCAUUAGGUAUUUCAAAGAAGCUCUUCACAGUGUUAGUCCUUCAUAUCUAUGGGACCACCUCUGUCCCUAUGUUCCACCAUGGUAGCUUCACUCAUCUGAACAGGGCCAUCUGCAGGUGCCACCUUGCACAUAGUGCAACAGCUGCCCAUACAUAUACUUUCUCUCUGGUGGCAUCCAUUUUGUGGAAUGGCCUACCUGAAAAGAUCAGGAGAGCUCCCACUCUCCUGGCUUUCUGCAAACUAUGCAAAACUGAAUGGUUCAAUAGGGCUUUUUAGGGCAGAACUGUAAGAAAGUGGUCUCAAAGAGAUGCAUCAGCAAAGAGAUAGAGACUAUAGACUUUACUACUAUUGCUGUAUGUAUGUUCCUGCUCAGUAGUUCUUACGUUGUUUAAUAUGCCACUCUUAGAAUUGUUUAUGCUCUGUUUCAGCAUUUCUUCAACUCUGUAUUGGAUUCCUGCUGGUUUUAAAUCUUUGCAAAUUUUCAAUAUAUAUACCCUAUUACAUUGUUUAUUGAAAUGUCUUUGAAAUUGAUUGUACUCUCACUUCAUAAUUCACCUUGAGUCUCUGUGAAAAAGGUGGGCUAUAAAUAACAUAAACAAAUAGAAGAAAGACACUUGGUAUUGCCCAAAUGAUGUGGAAUGCUAUUCCAGACAUAAGAGGGAAGCGGGCAGAGUCAUUUGAGGGUGCAGGAGGAACCAUGACUGUCUUUUUCCCCACAACAGGCUUUGUUGCUAGUUGGCUAUAUAAUUGUCCAUGGAUGCAGAGAGGCAUGUUGUGCUAUCCUGCCCUGAAAGGUAAAAAAAGUCAUGCAGCUGUUUCACCCAAUGAGGCUUGUCUCUGGUGAUGAGCAGACCUAGCACCAUUUAGUCUGACUCUUGGGGAGGGGCAGGCUGGUGUGGGUAGAAUCCUGUGUAUGAGAGGAUCCAUGCUGGUGGUUAUGUAGUGAAAGCCAGUUUGUAACUGCAAGCAUUAAAAGCAAUUUAAAUCACAGCCUGAAGUUAUAACUACCUGAAGUACCUGAUCCUGGUUUCUCCUGUGUUUGGAGUUCUGAGCUGUUGUUCUGUUCUUUCAAAACCACCUAUACAUAAAUGAAUCUUCUUUGUUGUUUUGUUGAACCUCCUGCUUCAGCAAUCUCUGUCCUCUUCAUGUGCAAUACCAAAAUUACCUCACAAAAGUGAAUACUAAAACCCUUUACACUCAUACUAUAAGAACAUCUACCAGCUGAGGGGGAAGUUUCCAUUUCAAAGCAAACAGUUCCUCAAAAGUAUAGGAGGUGGUGUGGAUACCUCAGUUGGAAGAAAAGGCUGGUCACACAUGUCUAUGCUGAAAUCCUUUGCAUUGAAAAAUAAGAGGGAAAACCAAUCAAGCUUUAUACCUGAAGGUAACAAUGAGGACUGCAGUGUUAGAGCAGUUCUCAGUCUGCCAUGGGAUCUUCGCAAUAAAUUAGUGUGUCUUUCAGCUAGUGAUUUGAGAUGAAGUUGACUGCAGUUAAUAGUUUUAUGAGCUCCUGCUGUUGAAAGGUUCCAUCUUUUUCCACUGAGACGAAGAGUCCUUGCCUCAUUCCUAGAAAAGCUGGGGAGAAGCAUUUUUGUGUUACAUACAUUGGCCUAUCCUUACAAAGAAAUCACAGACACCCUGCAUAUCCUCAUGGAGCUGCAGGUGGUCCCCCAUCUUCAGUUUGAGAAAUGCUGAUAAUAUUGUACAGUAUAUAAACUUUGGAUCUUCAGAUCUCGUUUACAUUCCCAUUUUUCAUUAUGGGGCAUCUACUUUUUCACGCCUUUCGGCUUUUUCUUUUGUUUGAUACGUUAAGAAUCUAUAUUAUCUAGAUAAAUCUCCAAUAAAAUCUGUGAUACUAUAGAUGAGUUUUAUUGCUUGGAUAUUUCUGAUUCUUGCAUCUGACAAAGAGAUCUGUGGUUCUCUAAAACUUAUACUACAAUAAAGUUGGUUAGUCUUAAA